UUUAAAAGGUGUUAGAUUAUACUUUCGAUUCGGUAAACAUGACGAGUUUAUUUGGUGAAGUUUGGCCAAGUGACAUGCAAAGAAGAAUGGAUUGGUUUGUUUACCUAAGAUUAGGUGCAUUCAUUCUUUAUACGCAGUUGCAUCGUUUGUUGUUUCUAAAGUUAAAUCGAAAAUAGAUUCGAGUAAGAGGAAAGAACUGUUUAAGGAGAGAAUUUAUGCUUAGUUUAGUUGUGAUUUUACAAGAUUGGAGUUGAGAGUUGAAACAAAGAAGGGGAAAAAAAAACAUAUUUUUAAUCUUUUUGCGGUGGCGUGGACGAUGGUCGGGCGGCCUACUAUUAAACCCCGGCCAUGCCAGAAUCUACUUGAGACGACGAAGCUAGCGGCGGCAAGAUCCAACGGAAUCUACGUAAUUCGAAGGCAGAUGGCGGCGGAGAGAGGAGCAGGGGAUGGCGGAGGCGCGUCGACGGCGCUGUUGCGGGGCGACUUUGCGUGCCUGUGGGAGAAGCAGGGGGAGUAUGUGGAUCGUCGCCGGGCCUUCCUCCGGAGCUACCCCUUGUGCCGCGAGCAGCCCCGCCGCCGCGUCCGCCGCCUCGUCUGGGCCCGCCUCCGCGACGCCCGCAGGCUGCCGCUCCUCUUCUGGGCUAAGCUCCGGGCAGCCUUCGCCGGCCAGCUUCUUCAGCACCCCGGCGCACGCACCGGAGGCCCCGCCGCCAGGAGCUGGCCAAAUUGAAUCAAAACCGGAAGAAGAUCUCCAUGAACAAGAAUGCCUAUCAAGAAAAAGAGAUAUAAAAGGAAGAAUCUUUCUUCUGAGGAACUCGAUCAAGAAUAAGAAGAAGAAGA